AUGCUGAUCAAUUGUCUUUCAUUCUUCGCAUUGAUUUACUCUUCAACUAGUCAACAAUUCCAUCUAUAUCGUGAUCAUCAAAAUCGAUCUUGUUUAUACAGUUAUUUCUCGCAACAAGAAGAUUCGUAUUCGAUAGUUCCUUAUUGUUUUCAAUCAGAAACUAUGAAUACUAAUUUAAAAUGUCACAAUCAUGGCAAUUUAACGUCAUUUACAGAAUUACAAAGUCAGAAUAUCUCAACACAUGAAUUAUAUUAUUGGCAAGUACCAAUCGAUAUCAUUGAUUUAUACGGUAAAUUUAAUCAACAUUCUGAUGUUGAUCGAACUUUUUGUAUUUGUUCUGAUCUUCGAUGGUUUGGUCCAUAUUGUGAAUACACGUUUCAAUCUUUCGAAACAAACUUCAAUGAUAUUAUUGACGAACAAUUUUUAUGUCGAGAAACGUAUCUUAUAACACAAAGAUUUACUUUUACAACCUAUCAAGGUAUUGAUUGUCAACCGUUUGGUCUUGGAUUAGAUUGGCGACAUAUCUGUAAUGGUUUAAUUGAUUGUGAGAAUGGUGAAGACGAACUUUAUUGUCAUAUAUUAGAACCAAAUGAAUGUGAUCCAAAGUGA